AUGUGCAUUGACUGGCUCAGAACUAUUAUUAGUGUAGUUACUGAACGUUCAGUUCGUCGACUCAUCUUUAGGGCUUUCCGUAGCAGAUGACACAAUAUGUGUCAGAAUUUGAAUGAAUUAACAGCCUGCUGCAUUGCUGAACCUGACGGAGGUGGUAGAUACGUUACCUGCGCUAGACCUGCAUCGGGUAUACCGUUAGACGAUAAAUUACGUGAGAUGAGUGUGUUAAAGAGGUUUCCGUUCGUUUACAAUAGCUUGCGUCGGCAUUAUUAUGUCUGUCUCUACCAUCGGCGGAUAGUUCAUUUUGAACCCAGAAUGAGGAGGAACGAAGUCUGGGGGAAACGAAAUUUUUCUAAGUACGAACGUGAUUUGACUCCUACUGACGAGGAGAAACAGGAGAUGCAAGAUGAUCCGUUAUUAAAGCUUGGAGAGGCCCUUCCUAAGUUUAAACGUUCAAAUGCUUAUCGACGAGAGAUGGAAGAAAAAGAAAGAUUAGACCAACAGAAGAGGAAAAGAGUUGAUAUUACAGAAAAUUCUGGCAGUGAAGAAAGCUUUGAUGGUGAUGACGAACACACCAAGCGUUCUGCUAAGAGUGUAGCAAUUAAUCAGUCGUCGUCUUCUGAAUUUGUAUCUAGUAAAGGAAACAAGAAGGAAAAACCGAAAAAGGCUCUCAGGGAUUUAAAGAAUUCAAAAAAUGAUGAAGAGGUCAUAGAAAGUAUUGAUCCUGCUAUCCCGUAUGAAGUUCCAAUGAAAAAUUUAUCUUCUAGUACGCUAAGGAGAUACAAAAAAGCUUUCCAGUUACCCCACAGGUCAGGGACUAACACGAAACCUCAGCUCCUAGAAGGCAUUAAUGAACAUUUGUCAUCGAUCCAGGUGCCACCGCACGAAAUCAUCGCUCAGUUCCUGUACAGCUGUAAAAUGCGUAGAAAUAAAUUGGAUUAUCCGUCAGUUGCUGAUGCUACAGAAACUGUGCCUGGACAUUUCUAG